GGAAAAAUUAAAAUGAAAGGUGCUCAAACACUUCAACCUCAUGCUUCUAGUUAAUCAAACUAUGCUGAUUCAUCGAAAAAUUGUUCGACAAACUUUGUCAGUGCUAUAUUUUCUUCUGAGUUAUGACGGAGUUCAAGGAGAAAUAAAGCUAUCCAAAGUUGAAUAUUUAGAGUUGGAGAAGCAACUCAAACUUUUGAACAAGCCAGCGGUCAAAAUAAUUAAGAUGAAACCUACUUUAGCCAGGACGCUGCACAAUUCAACCAAGUUAACAGCUAUUAGGUCAUCGAGCAUAUGGUUAAAGGAAGAAGGUUGUCCUUUUGGAACAAUUCCAAUUAAAAGAGUUACAAAAGAAGAUCUUAUUAGACAAAGACAUAUUCAGCCACCAGAAGCUAUUAUAUUUGAAGAUCAAUUGAUUAAUGUAAGAUAA